GGGGUCCAGGGCGGGAUGCCCUCUCUCCGCUUCACGGUCGCCCGCCCACGGCUCCCCGGCUCCCGGGGCCCCGAACCCCGCCAGCAUCCCGCCUCCCGGCCGCCGCAGGCCGCCGGCCCCGCUACCCCUCCCCCGGCAGCCGCAGGCCGCCUCUGCAGCUGGCCGCGCGGCCGGCCCGCGCCCGCCGCCGCGCGCUGAUUGGCUGCCCGGGGCCGGCGGCGGCGCUCAGUGGCCGGCAGAUUCGCUGGGUCAGGGCUGCAGAGGCGCCUGGCGCACCGGCGGGAGCGGAGCCGGGCGCGCGAUCGCCUGCCAGCCCCGAGCGAGCGUCCGGGGAGCCCCGGGGUCCGCGCCGCGCCGCGCCGGCGCCGCCGUCCUGGCCGCCAUGUGCUCCCAGCUCUGGUUCCUGACGGACCGGCGCAUCUGCGAAGACUACCCGCAGGUGCAGAUCCUGCGCGCCCUCCAGCAGCGCUGCGCGGAGCAGGGCGUGCGCUUCAGGGCGGUGUUCAUGGACCAGAUCGCCGUCACCGUCAUCGGCGGCCACCUCGGCCUACAGCUGAACCAGAAGGCACUCACCACUUUCCCGGAUGUGGUACUUGUACGGGUGUCCACCCCCUCGCUGCAGUCGGACAGUGACAUCACCGUCCUGCGACACCUGGAGAAGUUGGGCUGCCGCCUAGUCAAUCGCCCGCAGAGCAUUUUAAACUGCAUCAACAAGUUCUGGACAUUCCAAGAGCUGGCUGGACAUGGGGUCCCCAUGCCAGACACCUUCUCCUAUGGUGGGCAUGAAGACUUUUCAAAAAUGAUUGAUGAAGCUGAGCCCCUGGGCUACCCGGUCGUGGUGAAGAGCACACGAGGACACCAGGGAAAGGCUGUUUUCCUUGCAAGAGAUAAACAUCACCUCUCAGACAUCUGCCAUCUGAUCCGCCAUGACGUGCCCUACCUGUUCCAGAAGUAUGUGAAGGAGUCACAUGGAAAAGAUAUCCGGGUGGUGGUGGUCGGGGGCCAGGUGAUAGGCUCUAUGCUUCGCUGCUCCACAGACGGACGGAUGCAGAGCAACUGCUCUCUCGGUGGUGUGGGUGUCAUGUGCCCACUGACAGAGCAAGGCAAGCAAUUGGCUAUUCAGGUGUCUAAUAUCCUGGGCAUGGACUUCUGUGGCAUUGAUCUCCUCAUCAUGGACGAUGGCUCCUUUGUGGUGUGUGAGGCAAACGCCAACGUUGGUUUCCUCGCCUUCGACCAGGCAUGCAACUUAGACGUGGGCGCGAUCAUUGCAGACUAUGCUGUGUCCUUGCUGCCAAAUAUGCAGGCUGGGAAGAUGGCCAUCCUCCCAGGCCUGUCCAGUCCCAGGGAGAAGAGCGAGCCGGAUGGCUGUGCUGCAGCUCGAGGCGUUGCAGAGAGCAUCUACACCAUCAACAACGGGUCUACCUCCAGUGAGAGUGAGCCUGAACUGGGAGAGGUCCGGGGUCCCUCAGCAAGCACGACAGGGCCCCCACCCCCCAUGCUGCCCGAACCCAGCUACAACAUUAACAAUAGGAUUGCUUCCGAAUUAAAACUGAAGUGAAUUCCUGCUUUUGUUGGCAGCAUUUAAACCAAAUCCUACUGCUUCCCUAGUAGUUUUGAAUGAAUAAAAUCUGGACUAAUGCAAUUUCAUUUGCACAGAAACUAGAAAUCCCAUCUGGGCACUCGACAUUCUUUCUAACGAUGAUUUAAGCAAAUGGCCUAGCUUUGUGGUUUUUACAAAGAUAAUGUAAAAAACGCUCACCAGGAACAGCAUCCCGACUGAUCAAUUUGAGACCGAGGUCUGCUGCAAGCACUUGGAUAUCCCGACUGAUUUUAAGGCACUGACUCUGUGCUGCUGCUUCUGGCUUUUAGCAAUAGAGCCCACUAACUCGGAAAAGCUCCUGGCAAUACUUUACUCAAAAGCAACCACCGGAUGGAGGCGUGGGCAAAAGAGGUGGAAUGUGGCUUCAGUUAUGUGCUUUUCAUUGUGUGU